UGUCUGUGGGCAAAAUAAUGUUAACUAAUUAGAAAAGCAGAUACAAAUUGAGCUGGCUUUGGUAUUUGGUUGUUCAUUAUCAGUUUUAGAUUAAAUUCGCCAUGUUUUUGUUCAGUUAACCGUUCGUUUUUAUGUGUUUUAUUGCCAGUAAAACUCUAACAAGCUAACAAGCUAACAAGCUAACAUUAACGGCCCUUCAGACUGAGCAUGCGCAGUUUGUCCACUGUGUGUUGGUUGUCAUGGAUACAGAUGUGGAAUAAACCAGCUGUUACCACAAGCCUGACAAGCUCCGGGUGAUUGAUUCAGACAGUGAGACAUCUCACAGAGGUCACACUAAGGCUAAAUGGAUGCUGGUCUGGAUGACGUUACAACCAAACUUUUCUUCACCUCCCUGGAAGCAACAAGCAUGAGGGGAUAGCCUACAGGAACCACCCUACCAUCGCAACUCAAAAUGUGUACAGAGAUGGAUGUAGGCCAGGCACCGCAGCCCGGUGAGGCUCCCCUGUGUGUAGCUCGGAACACCUGUCCCGCUGUGCGUCGGCACCCCCAAUCUUUACCAGGCCAAGGAGGAGCACCAUCUCUCUCCAUAACGCUUUCCACAACCCGUCGUCUCACGGGACGCCCAGAGGAGCAAGCUUCCUAACCUCCAUCUCCCCUGCCCCUCCACCACCUGUACAUCCAUCAGAGGGCUGUCAUGGUAGAGGGGCUUCAACGCUCCUUCCUGAUGCGGCCAUCAAGGCCCUCCAUCUAACACGAGCCGACACAUCAUAAUAACACUUUGACAUGUCUGAAGUGAGCAGCCAGCUGCCCACAGACCCCAUCUCUGCUGUUGGAGUAAUCACUUCACUCAACAAGGCCCCUGAUGGCUACUAUGUUGUUGCACAAACAACAGAUGGCUCUGACGCCGACCUGUGGAAGGACGGCUUAUUCAAAUCCAAGGUCACCCGCUACCUCUGUUUCACCAGAAAAACUGAGGCUGACGUUGUUGUGGACAUGAAGCUGAUUGACAUUAAGGACGCGUUGCCAGAGGGCUUCACACCUGUGGAAGAAACAUUGGACACAAAGGAAACCGCCAUGAGGAAGAGGAGGCUCUGCGUGAAAAUCAGCCCUCGCGAGGCCGCCGUGAUGGCUGUGUAUGACAUCCAGGUCGUUGUGAAGUCCAAGUACCAUCUUGUUAACUACACCUGCAUAGGUGAGAUGAACAGUAUGGGGAUAUGGUACCGAAUGGGAGAUGUCUCUCAGCCUCAGUCAUCCCAGGAAAUGUCCAGUACACCUAGUGACGCUCCAGCCAACACAGCAGCAAGCAGGAGGACCACGAGCAGGCCGGUCUAUGAGCACCAGAGCAGUGGGAACUACACCAUGACAGCUCUGGACGAUGUGCCCUUUGUGGUCCAUGAGAAGUUUUCUGAAAAACCCAAAGAGAUGCAGCAAGUCAAUUUAAUGGGCAUUACGAUCAAAUCCCUGGCAGAGAUCGAGGAGGAAUUUCACUACAACUUCAGCACAGAGCGAAGCAUUGCUGUGUAACUUUCCCCCCGGCGUUCACACCCUGGCAGACGGAGCCACGAGGACUGAAACACUACAGAGGGAUAAUCUGUAAACUAAUGUACUAAUGAAUUUUAAAAGUUCGGGACACACCGAAACUGUAUAUUGUGUAAUUUAAGACAACAAAAAGUAUUUUUACCUGGAUGGAUUUUAUUUAAAUGAUUCAGUACUUGAAGUAUUUUUGAUAAUGUACAACUGUGUGCAUUAAAUUUUAGAAGAUUUUCAACUUA